AUGGGGCAGGAGCAGGGUACUGUACAGCACCUCAGGGCGUUAAAAUCGAGUCUGUGCAUCAUCAUCUCUGUGGAGGUGAUGCGACAGUCUGUCAAGAGGAUGAUUGCCAGUGACGAGACCAUCUGGAUCGAAUACUACUACUCGUGGUCCUUCACCUGUGCCUGCGCCGCCUUCACCCUCCUCAUCCUCAGCGGUGCCGCCCUGCUGGUUAUCUCUAUGCCACACAUGCCCCGCAACCCCUGGGAAUCCUGCAUGGACGCUGAGCCUGAAGUGCUGGACUGA